AAAGUAUUCAAGUGAAAAUCAGUGCAAAGUCGAAAUGGAUCGGAAAAUUCUGUUUCUUGUUUUCAUUAUUUUGAUGAAUUUUCAUACUGCCUGUUCUCAAAUACUAGCUUGUGGAUAUAGAAAUUACAGCACCUUUGGCUACACUUGUGAUCUUCUUUUAUAUAAUCCAACUGGUGCCUACAAUUUUUCAAGGAUUAGUGGAACACAUUUGCCUGGAAAGACAAAUGAUGAUGUUAGAUUGGUUACCAAAACUUCCGAUUCAAAUUCAACAAACGUUCCGUCAAUAAUCUGUGACACUUUUAAAAAUGCAAUAUGGAUAGAACUUAACACAAUGGGCAUUGAAUAUUUUGAUGAAAAUACAUUUCAAAAUUGCAAGAAACUUGAAUAUUUGGAUUUAAACUUUAAUAAAAUCACAAAAAUUGAUGAAAAAUCGUUCAAUGAAAAUUUAGAACUCCGAGAAUUACAUCUAUACAAAAGUCGAUUGACAACAUUACCAGAAAAUAUCUUUGCAAACCAGCACAAAAUUAUAACUUUAGAUUUAAGGUUAAAUCAAAUUGCAGAUCUACCGAGAAAUAUUUUUAAGACAAUAAAACAUGUAUCAAUACUUUACUUAAGUGACAACAAGCUCAAAGUUUUUCAUGCAUUUGGAUUUUCUUCAAAUUUAACUACGGUUCAUCUUCAAAACAACCAAAUUGAGGCAUUUGAUCAAAACUUUAUUGACGAUACAGGAGUUAAUUUAUUAGAUAUGACAAAUAAUUCUUGUGCAAAUGUUAAAAUAAAUGACUCCUCACCUUCACGACUACAAAUGAGAAUGCUGCUAGUUAAAUGCUUUGAUAAUUAUUUGAAUUUAGUCCAAGACACAACAACAACAAUAUCAGUCACAACUUCAACAACUGAAAUAACUUUACCACCAGAAUGUAGUGAUGAAGAUUUAGACGAAAGGGUCUGCAGACUUGAGAUUGAGAAUAAAGAAUUGAAACUUAAUUUAGAAUCCCAAUCCAAAGAUUCGAAAGCUUUGGCUGCAGCACUUGAUGAAUUGGAGACAAGAAUGACGGAAAUGGAAAAUCGACCUUGUUCAUGUGUUUAAUUGUUUGAUUUGCUUUAAUAAAUGAUUUAAAUAAAAUGUUAUGCACUGGCUUAAUUUAUUUCAGAGACAAGUCAGUAAAAUAGUCUUCCCCAUUAGAUUUUGCU